GUGUGAAGACCUUCCGGGAAGGUGGCUGCCGCGGUGGCCAGCCCGGGAGCAGGAUCGGAGGCGGAGGAGGAGGUGACAGCGGCGGAGCUGGGAGGGGGUCUCGCCAGGUGCCGUCAGGCAGGACUGGGGUGGGCGUCCACGCCGUGUCGGCCAAGAAAGUGGACGCUGCCGUCGGGGUGGCCCGGGCGCGCGCGGACCUGUUGGGGAUAGCGGGGGCGAGCGCUUCCGGGAAGAGCAUCCUCAGGUCCUGGCUUGAGACCGCCUCCCCGACUCCCCUAACCUGCUGUCUGGGUUUGGACCGUCUCCCGGAUUCCCUAGACCGUUUUUUGCUGCUCAGAGCUACUUCCGGGUCUGUGUCCGGUCCUCCGGUACCCCGCGCCUGUUUGUCUUGCCACGAAGGAACUGUUCUUGCAGAGCUAUUAAGUUUAUGUCGCUGAAAGCCCUGUGUGUUCUUUCCGUCUUGCAACUGACUUCUCUUCUUGAAAAGAAAAGAAAAAAAAAAAACACUGAAAAUUUUUGUUGGUUCAGCCAGCAAAGGAAAGACAGGACCUAGCAUUGGAAACCAGCAAAGACAAGGUUGCAGACCUUGAAUGUGGCAAAGCAAGAACAAUGGACCUCAAGUUCAACAACUCCAGGAAGUAUGUCUCCAUCACUGUGCCCUCCAAAACCCAGACAAUGUCACCACACAUCAAAUCAGUCGAUGACAUUGUGGUGCUGGGCAUGAACCUCAGCAAGUUUAACAAGCUCACACAGUUUUUCAUAUGUGUUGCUGGAGUUUUUGUAUUUUACCUAAUUUAUGGAUACUUACAGGAGUUGAUAUUUUCAAUGGAAGGCUUUAAGCCCUAUGGCUGGUACCUUACUUUAGUACAGUUUGCAUUUUACUCCAUAUUUGGCCUCAUAGAACUUCAGCUCAUUCAGGACAAAAGGAGAAGAAUACCAGGAAAAACCUACAUGAUAAUAGCUUUUCUAACUGUGGGUACUAUGGGCUUAUCAAACACUUCCUUGGGCUACCUGAAUUACCCCACCCAAGUCAUCUUCAAGUGCUGCAAACUGAUUCCUGUUAUGCUAGGAGGAGUUUUUAUUCAAGGAAAGCGUUACAACCUUGCAGAUGUGUCUGCUGCAGUGUGCAUGAGCCUUGGCCUGAUCUGGUUUACCCUGGCUGACAGCACAAUUGCACCAAACUUCAAUCUGACAGGUGUGAUGCUUAUCUCCUUGGCACUGUGUGCAGAUGCUGUUAUCGGGAAUGUCCAGGAGAAAGCCAUGAAGCUGCACAAUGCUUCCAACUCUGAGAUGGUUCUGUAUUCGUACUCGAUCGGUUUUGUGUACAUUCUGUUGGGAUUGUCCUGCACGAGUGGACUAGGCCCUGCAGUGGCAUUUUGUUCAAAGAACCCUGUUCGCACCUAUGGCUACGCCUUCCUCUUUUCCCUCACUGGAUACUUUGGCAUCUCCUUCGUUCUGGCCCUGAUUAAAAUCUUUGGUGCUCUUCUUGCUGUAACAGUGACAACAGGAAGAAAAGCAAUGACCAUAGUCCUUUCAUUCAUAUUCUUUGCUAAACCAUUCACAUUUCAGUAUGUAUGGUCUGGCUUGUUAGUUGUUCUUGGCAUAUUUCUCAAUGUUUACAGCAAAAAUAUGGAUAAAAUAAGAUUACCAUCAGUGUACAAUCUGAUGAACAAAGCCAUGGAUGUGAAAAAGUCAAGGACGUUGGCACAGACUGUCUAGGCACUGAGGUAGCCUACUUAAAAUAGAAUCCUAAAGGAGCAAUCAUUAAUCAGUUGACUUUCCAAAGGAUUGGGAUAAAAACCAAAGGAUCUGAAGACUGUUGUGGUGUGAGCCGGCAGAGGUUUAUGACGUGAGCCUCUGCAGAACACAAGCUUGACCAGCUUCGAAACAGUCCAGAGCCGCACCCAGGACGUGUUUCAGUGAAGUCGGUAUGAAGGAAAACGCUUGCUGGCAGUGUCCUGCGCAUUUCACUGGAAAUGGACCGUGUUGCAAGGCUGAUUGGAAAUCCUUCCAGCGUGCAGCACGCGCUGUGUAGUAGCGCACUGUUUCGUCCCCAUUCCAUUUUGGUGGUGUUAUUUAAAUUGCUUCUCUGUUAUAAGAGUGAACUGAUGAUUUAAAGUCUAGAGAAAAUAGAAUUCAUUUAUAAAUAAAAUUAUCCUGUGAUUUUUUUAAUGCUGUUUUAAUAAAAUUUGUUAUUGAAGAAAGUG